UUUCUUUUUAUCUGUGGUCGUAUGCACGGAUACUACAAUUUGAUGUAUAUUAUAACGCAAUCUAGUGGUAACGUAAUGAUUUAUUCUUGAUGGCGCGAACGAUAUUGUGCAUAUUUCCUUUUCAGUGUUGAGAGUGCUAAGUUAAUAAUGGAAGGUGAAAUGUGGGAUGAUGGUGAUAUACAAGUUAUGGUUCAGUCUUCUGUUGACCCUGGUAGAUCCUUUGGACGAGGUCGUGGUUUCAGACCUAUACAGAAGUCUACCAUUUAUGACAAUGAUCCAGGAAAAGUUUCAUCUGUAAUUGAUAAUUUGAGGGAUGACGAUGUUCCCGGCUUUGCAAAGAAUAAUGAGAAGAGCAGUGGCUUUAAUGAAAGAGGAGGUGCAAAUUUUGUUAGAGGACGGGGUGGUGGCAGAGGUAGAUCUGGUGGACGUGGUGGUUUUUCGGAUGAUACGGGAGGUAGCAAUCGACAACGCAGCUAUGAUGAAAAUACAAAUGCAAGGGUGAACAGUGGUGGUGGAUUCAGUAGCCAUAAGGCUGGAGAGUGUGAAAAUAGUGUUGAUCCACCAAAACCCCGUGAAUUAUACAUUCCUCCAGAACCAGUUGAUGAUGAAGCAGCUAUGUUUGAUGGCGGAAUUAGUUGUGGUAUCAACUUUGAUAAAUAUGACAAUAUUAAAGUUGAGGUUACCGGUGAAAAUGUUCCUCAGCCAGCAGAAACUUUUCAGUCUGCAGGCCUUUGCCAGUUUGUCCUGGAUAAUGUGAAGAAAUCUGGAUACUUAAAACCAACACCAGUACAAAAACACGCCCUUCCUAUAAUAAUGAGUGGACGAGAUCUGAUGGCUUGUGCACAGACAGGCUCUGGCAAAACUGCUGCAUUCCUUCUUCCAAUGAUCAACACCUUGAUCAGGGAUACAAAAGAUCUAAUAAUAACAUCACAGCAUUGUGAACCACAUGCUAUAAUCAUUUCACCCACCAGGGAGUUAGCAAUUCAAAUAUUCACUGAAGCAAGAAAGUUUUCACACGGGUCAAUUGUAAAGGUUGUGGUGGCUUAUGGUGGUACUGCUGUUUAUCAUCAGGCUCGGCAAGUUAUGGAUGGUUGCCACAUACUUGUUGCAACACCAGGUCGACUCAUUGACUUUGUGAACAGAGGCCGAAUCACUUUCUCUUCUAUACGCUUUCUAGUCCUCGAUGAAGCUGAUCGUAUGUUGGAUAUGGGCUUCAUGCCUGAUGUAGAACGCAUCAUGAAUCAUUCCACAAUGGUUCCAAAUGGUGAACGACAGACCUUGAUGUUUUCUGCCACAUUCCCAGUAGACAUUCAGCGUUUGGCUGGAAAAUUCUUACACAGCUACCUCUUCUUGGCUAUUGGCAUUGUGGGUGGUGCUUGUUCAGACGUUGAGCAACGUUUCCAUUUGGUGUCAAAGUUUGAAAAACGUCCAAAACUGAUUGAUCUCCUUUCUCAAGAAGGAAGUGAGAAGACAUUGGUAUUUGUUGAAAUGAAGCGUACUGCUGACUUCAUAGCUGCGUACCUGUCUGACAAUGAUUUUCCCACAACUAGUAUACAUGGAGACCGUAUGCAACAACAGCGAGAGGAGGCCCUAUGGGACUUCAAAAGUGGUCGCAUGGGAGUACUGGUGGCGACUGCUGUUGCCGCGCGAGGGCUUGACAUUAAAAACGUCUCUCAUGUUGUGAAUUUUGAUCUCCCCAAGAGUAUUGAUGAGUAUGUGCAUCGUAUUGGGCGAACAGGACGUGUUGGAAACUGUGGUAAGGCCACAAGUUUUUAUGAUCCAGAAUGUGAUGGUCCCUUGGCCAAAGAUCUUUUGAAGAUUCUUGAACAGGCUGGUCAAAAUAUUCCACCAUGGCUGGAGAAGUAUGCAGCUGACUCAUUAUAUUCAUCUCAGACCCACUUUGGUCGUUUUGGUGGGAAGGAUUUCAGGAAGUUUGACAAGAAUGGUGAACCAGAUAGCUUUCUUGGAGGUGUCUCAGAUAGUGGUCGUGGGCAGCCACAGCCGCUUGAACCAGAGGAAGAUUGGUAGAUUCAUUCAGCAGUCCGAGGUGUGAUGGAAUAUCAAAAUAUUGUUGUGUGUUAAAGAUGCACUUUUAUGUACAUUGAUACUUCCUUUGUUGUUACCUGAGUUUGUUUUAUGUUGACUACCUUUGUUGGCAUUUGGGGGUCCAUUGAAAAUAUUACAAAUGUGUCUGUAAGAAGUGAAGCAGUAUUACAUUUUUGACUCUGUAUAUUUUACCCACACUGCGUGUAAUUAUAAUGUUGAUGCAGCACAGGUUAAGUUAUAAAAGAGUUUAAGUUCUGUUUGUGUUGAAGUUUCCAAUGAAGUGUGUUACAGCACCUCAUAUUGUAUGGAGUGAGUUCAGUGAUAAAACAAAGGUAAAGAAGA